CUGGCAAUGUUGUUGAAAAAUUCGUCUGCUGUCUGAUUCUGCCGACCGUCCGUCUGUGUUAUUCUGAAUUCAGUUUGACACACGUGCUUGUUAAUAGAAGAAAAUAAAAAUCUUUGAUUUUUCAGUAUGUGGAAAUCAGUACUCACCCGUUUGUCUCAGUCUAGAAGCCUUACCACAUCUAGUCAUAAUUUUACCGACUAUAAAGGAGCAUCUUUUUCAAAUGCAGACUUCGAAAGAAAGAGACAAAGGUAUGUGAAAAAGGAUGAUUUUGACUAUCCAAAAAGGAAUGAUAACAGCCGGGAUUACAAAAAGAAUAGUGAUGGAUAUCCUCAGAGAUACAAUUCUAAUUCAGGGAGCAGACAUACAAGUUUCAAUGCUGAUGAUGAAGACAGCUGGGAAGAUCGUCCUGCACACAAAAAUAGGUAUUCAAAUAAUAGAGAUACUUACACCUCUAGAUUCAGAAGCCAAGAAAGAGAAGAUUAUGGUGAAGAAAGAAAUCAGGGAAAUGCAAAUCUAUCAGAAAUUGGUGUACCCAGCAAAUGGAAAGUUGGUAAUCAUUUUGUCAAAGAAUCUGACAGACUAAGGGAAAUUCAGAAUAAGUGCCGAGGAGACUUCAAGAAAAUGGCCAGUUUCACAGUCAAAAGAAACCCUGGCAUAAGAAGACAGGUUGAAGCCCUUGGAGAGUUUGCUAAUCAAAAUGAGUUCGCAAGGGAAGAAGAUUUUGAUGACGAAGUGAAUGUGAACAAGUUUGACAAAAUGUAUGAUGAAGCACAGAGCAAAAAACAAGAGAUUAAGGAACUUGUCAAAAUGAAGAUGGUCAAGCAAAAAUAUUUCAAAGAUGCGGUUGAAGGAAAAACUCUUUCGUGGUCAGAUAAGGAACAUAUUCGUUUUCUACACAACAGUGAUCCGCAACAGUGGACAUUUGAGAUGAUUGCAGAGCAUUUUCGCAUUGAACCGCAAGUAGCUAAAGCUAUUGCUACUGCUAAAUGGAUUCCCAAAAAAACAAAAUCGGAGGAAUUAAAUCUAUCCAACCCUAUUGAAAUUCAUCCGUUAGCAAAUGUUGUAGAAGAACAGCAGGAAAUUACAAGAACUUCAACACAUCCAUCAAAGUCACGAAUGUUCAAGGAAAACCAGAGAGUGACUCUGCAGGAGUUGAAAAAAGACAUGGGAGUAACAGAAGAAAGUAUAGUGAAGAACAAUUUUAAAUCUACAGAAAUUGAUUUGGAGCCUGAAGAUGUUAGCGUCGACAAAGACUUGGUGCUUCAAUACCUUUCGAGCAAAUCUCCUCCCAAGUGGUCAUCUCAAGAGUCAACCCAUUCGGAACGGAAAGUCCUCGAUGAGGCUGACUUGAAAAUUGUACAAUUUAGCGAAGAUAGAGACAGUCAAACGCAACAUUCAAGGAUCUUGACGAAGACAGAAAAUGGCGAAAAUACUGAUAGUAUCUACCAAAAAGGCGAUUCAUUCUACACGGCAGACGGAGAACUUCUUUAUCGAGUUCCAAAUUUAUCGAAAUAGUUUUUUUCACAACUUUUUAAAAGUUGAAGGCUAGUUUUUGUUUCUAUUGAUUAUUGAAAUAAACCCGCGUUUAGUCAUA